GCGUUGGUUGAAAGCGCUCCUUUUACGUUCAUUGUUAAAAGCGGCUAUAGAGUUGUGCAUUUAUUACGAACAUAGGCAGCGACUGUUCACUUCUUGCUUAAACUAUUGUAGCUUUUUGUCCGGUUUCAUCAAGUAGUCGUGUGUUUGCCGAAUAUUAGUCGAGUAGGACAAGAAUGACUUCACCACAGCCAAAGAGCCCAAAACCCGUCCAUACUCCGAAGAAAAAAGAAGAAUCGUUUCUUGAAUAUCUUGGAACCCUCGGUCGUAGGAAGAAGAUUAAGGAAGUCGAGGAACUAGAUGCAGAGGAAGCAAAAGCUAUCGAUUACGAAGGACGUAUUCUAGACAACGAAUUGCUGCCGGAAGAUUGCCUUUUGGAAGAGGGCGAAGAACGUGCUGUUAUCGAGCGUGAAUCAUAUGAAAGCCCGCAAUUUAAAGAGCUUGUCAACAUUCUCGUUGAGUGGAUUAAUGACGAACUGGCUAAGCACAGAAUCAUCGUAAAGAACAUUGAGGAAGAUCUGUAUGACGGACAAAUACUUCACAAACUCCUAGAACAACUCACGAACUCUCGCAUUGAUGUUGUCGAGAUGACUCAGAAUGAAGAAGGACAACGGGAAAAACUUAAAGUGGUACUGGAAAGAGCCUCACAGGCGCUCGGGGUCCCUACAUGGGGUCACGGUCUUAAAUGGAGCGUGGAUGCCGUUCACUCAAAAAACGUCGUUGCAAUAGUACACCUACUUGUGGCGUUAGCCAGACAUUUUAGGGCUCCUGUACGAGCUCGACUUCCUGAGAAUGUCGUCGUCAGUGUUGUAUCAGUUACCAAAAGGAAUGGACAGUUGGUUCCCGCAAAACUUCAGGAACAGCUCACGAGAACAUACGAUGAAUACGGCAUGAAGGUGGAACGCGAUGCAUUUGAUCAACUUUUCGACCACGCACCUGAUAAGUUGACGGUAGUGAAGAAGUCCCUUUUGACUUUCGUAAACAAACACCUAAACAAGAUCAAUAUCAAGGUCACAGAUCUUGACAAACAGUUCCAUGAUGGCUUUUAUCUCGCGCUUCUGAUGGGACUACUUGAAGGAUACUUCAUUCCGUUGUACUAUCUCACAUUGACGCCGAAUAACUUUGAGCAGAAAGUAAACAAUGUAGCUUUUGCCUUUGGCCUUAUGAAGGAUGCUGGGCUACCCAAGCCCAAGGCGAGACCUGAAGAUAUCGUCAAUUACGAUUUGAAGUCAACUCUGCGAGUGCUGUAUAACAUCUUUAUGCAGUACAAGAACGCGCCGUGAUUUCCAGCCACAUCACUUAAUCAGUAUCCAAGCGAUUGCACAAUUUUAAAAAUAAUUUAAUCUUUGGCCACAGCUACCUACGUAUUGGACAUAAGUGCCUUAUGCCUGCAUGACUUCACUAUGUAGAGUGAGCUAAUGUUAAAUCUAGUUAUUAUUACAACGCUUCCGGAUGUUAAUCAUCUGUUAUUAAAAUGGUGUAUUAAUUUUAUGGACGUAUGGCUUCGAAUACCGUCCACGUGCCAUAUACAUAUGCUGUACGGGCAAUUGGUGUUUACGCAUUUGGAAAUACAUCUGUGUUGCCUACGUGACGUAAUAUAUCGACGAGUGCCUCAUGGGACGCUGACUAUUUAAUUAUGCUAUAUCAUCUAACAUAUAUAAAAUAGCAAUUGGCCAUUAAUAAAAAGUGGAACGCAAGUGCAAUUAAAAUUUUGCUUGAAAUCGGUUUCUAAUGAGUUAUGUGCAUUGUAAUUGGAUUAAGUAGGGAUGAGAAAAGUGAAAAUCCUUUUUAAAUGGCUUUUGGCUUUCGUCUAGUCCUAUUGUAGGUUUAGAUUGAACACAAUUUAUAUGUUGAAAACUGUGAGAGUGAACCAUGGAAAGGAAUUACAAGAUUAGAUUUUAAGGCCAUAAGAUAUUGAUAGAAUCUAAAUGAUUUCUAAAUCCCAAAACAAAGGCAUGUACAUCUUACAAGAUGUGACUAGGUAACUAAAGAUGUCAUAAACACAUAAUAAGUUAGGUAGUUAGACUUCUUUGGCAUUCAAAACUUACGUUAAAAUAAGGUUUUGAUAAUAAAAAAAGGCACAAAAGAUCAAUAUAGUUGUUAAUUUGAACAUUGUAACAAACUUUUGUGAAAAACGACGAACGUUUUACGAACGAAAUUUUUGUAACUUUGAGGAUUAACCACUACUGGAUGUUAAACUUUCCGAAUUCCUAACAGCAGGUUUAAGAAUAAGACACCUUAGACAAAAUCUGGUUCGAAUAUUGAAGAUUUUGAGUGCGGGUGUCUUCUUGUGAUUGCUAAUUUAAAAAAAAAUGUGUUCUUAUAAAUAAAAUCAGGUUCUGUGGAAACACGAGGCUUUACCUGCUUAGGUACGUAGUAUACCCAGUGAUAAAAUACAGGUGAACGAGUAAACCCAAAUAUACCUGCUUCCCCUGAAUACCUAAGCUGUCAAGGAUAUAAGUGCGGAUAUAAGUACGUCAAAUGUUUCAAUUAGCGAAAUAAAGUUUUAAUUAAAAGAAACUAACAUCGUACACAAUACAAUGUUGCUUUCAUGAAAAUAAUGACAAAAUUAUACUGAUAUCAUUUAGCAACAAAAAAGCUUCGGUGAUCCACAAUCUUCAUCUCGUACAACUCAUUCUCUUCCUAGAAAAAUAUAUUAGAAUAAAAGUUUCCUUCCUCACCUAACUUUGUGUACACGUGGCAUUGCGACACACACAUAAAGCUAUCACACCUUGAAUUAGAAAUUCGUUGUAUUUCUAGUUACAGAUUAUGUCGAGAAGCUAGAAAUGUUCUGUGAAUAAAUUAUUUCAUCGUCAAUGACAUGAAUACGAUGAUCAUGAAGCACAGAAGAGGAGAUUAGCAUUAUAUGCUUGACCCAGAUACUUCAGACUAGCUGAAUAUAAAGGAACUAUUAUAAAAAGAAUAAAAACCCGUUCUCUUUGUGAACUCCAUUGUUGUUGAUGCUAUGAAAAUUUAUAAAAUCUUACGUAAGGUAGUUGUAGUCAGUGGUUCAGUGAGUACCACAUAGAGGAACACAUGCGAAGUUACCGGAAGCUUUUGCCUAGGUACGAUGCAAAAACGUGCUCUCCAAAUGGCCUUAUAUCCUUUCAACGUAACAGUGGCUUCUUCACAAUCACAACGCCUCUCUGGCUUAGCAUAGCUCGUUGGUUGUACUAUAAACCUCUAGCACAAAAUUCCUAAUCUGACCACCCGAGUGACCACAGCAGUCCUCCCAUUAAAACGAUGCCGUUUCUGUAGCCUGUAUCUACCUUAAGGCUUUCUUCAGUGAUCUCAGUGAGACUCACUUAAACACACAAUAUGGUUUUACGAGUGUUCAGAAUAUUUUUCUAAUAUAGACUACUCUAAUAUGCCGCGCGAGGUUUUAUUGUUUUUAUAAAAUACUAUUUGAGUAACUUGAUUGAAUGAAGGGUGCGCAUAAUGUCAUUAUCGCGAUAUUUUAUAAAGCAUUGUGGAACCGUAACAUAGUGUCUUUAGUCAAAGAUAUAUUUGAGUAAAGAUAUAUAACUAAAAUCAAAGAAAGCAGCCUUGCGAGGCCUGCAGCUUUUACGCACUCUCAAAAGUCGUCGUCAAAGCUGGUGAGAAACCAAUAAGAUGUAGAAGCACACAAAGCGAUGAAGACAACUGGAAAAGUGUAUUGAAGUUGUCCAAGGAGGUUAAGCCGUGAAAGAUGCUAGUAUUCAAGAGAUUCGUAAGAGUACCUUUACUGAAAUUUGAUCUAAUCCAGAGACUUUUGAGCUAUAAAAGAUCGACGAGAGUUUAGAAAUAUCCAGUUUAGUAGGCACUUUGAAAUUUUCGAAUCCAUAAAUCAAAAAUACAAUUUUUGAUAUCCGACGGUGAGGGAUUCAUUUUGCGCUGGGACCCAGCCGUGUGAUGGAAUGCCUACAGUGAUACCGGACGUAAAACUCGAAGCAUAGAAACGUGAUUACAAUUUGGAGAGUGCAGAAUAGUACUGCGUGGUAUAAUUUGGAUCACGACUAUAUAUGGAUAUAUAGAGUAAAGGACUGACACCUUUCAGGCAAAAAGAAGGCGUUUGAAGACGCAAUAAUAAAUAUGUUUAAUGGGCUGCGUCAGGACAUACAAAACGCGGGUAAAAAUUAAA